GUUGUACUUAAAUACGGCCUAAAUGCUUAGUUGUGUGUUUUGAUUUAGCGGCAAUGAGGAUAUUUUAUAUGUCUAUAUGAGUUUAUUGUCAGUAUUCUGUUGCUGUACGUCGUUGUUCCAGUCUUUGGUUUUAGUGAUUAGUUUCUUUGAUUUGUCUGUAAGGGACGCUGUUGGUCAAAAAACGAACGCUAGCAGUGUUUUAGGCGGUGCCUUGUUCAUUCUGCAUCGCUGAGGUGGCUCUCCUGUAGAUUACAGAGUGAAAUGAGGACAGACAGGCGGCUUUAAUUUUUCCCCCUUUCGCGAGAAAAGGAACCUUUAUUACAGCCCAGCGUUGAUCUAAACUCCUAAUUUUGGUCUUCUAACUUUCGUUUGCAUUUUACAAACGUUUAUCAUGGGUUUUCGAGAAUGUAUCGGGAGUCUAAGAUGGCGUUUGUUUCGCAAACUGACGCAGCGAAGCCUGCUAUUUUUGCUUUUUCUCAGCCACACUGCCAGUGCUCAGAUCCGCUAUUCCAUACCGGAAGAAAUGAAGAAAGGAUCUCUCAUCGGCAAUGUGGCGUUGGACCUAGGGAUAGAUAUACAAAGGCUGCGUUCGGGUCGGGCCCGGAUCGUGACGGGAGACAACAAUCAGUACACCGAGCUGAAGACGGACAAAGGGAUUCUAGUAGUGAACGAGAGAAUAGACCGAGAGCAGCUUUGUGGAGAUUUUACACCGUGCAGCUUCAACUUUGAUUUGAUUUUGGAAAACCCAAUGGAGCUCCAUCAUGUAACAGUCGAGGUGCUAGAUAUAAAUGACAACUCGCCUUCCUUUUCUCAGCACGACAUGAAACUGACCAUUGGAGAAUCAGCCGCACCGGGAGCGCGUUUCGUUUUGCCCACAGCCAACGAUCCCGAUGUCGGAGUCAAUGGGCUUCAGGAUUAUCAUUUGUCUGCAAAUGAAAACUUUAUUUUACGAAAACAUUCAAAUGCUGACGGAGGGAAAUAUGCGGAGAUGACGCUUGAGAAACAAUUAGAUAGAGAGCGCAGUCCAAGUCUGACCCUGAAGCUGAUCGCGGUGGACGGUGGGACGCCACAAAAAUCUGGAACAGUAAAUAUUGAUAUCACUGUUUUGGAUGUUAACGACAAUUCUCCUGUUUUCAAUCAGUCAGUCUACAAGGCCUCUGUAGUGGAAAAUGCAACGAAGGGUUCUUAUAUUACGACGGUCAGUGCAACUGAUGCAGAUAGCGGAUCACACGGUUUGAUUCUUUAUUCUAUUUCUAAAAUGCAGGGCAGUAUUGACAGCAUAUUUGAAAUAAACAAGACAACGGGUGUAAUAUUUCUUUCAGGGGAAGUCGAUUUUGAAAAAGCAAAGAAAUACGAAAUUCGUAUUGAAGCAACAGACCAAGGCGCUCUGACAGACUCGAGUAAAGUAAUAGUUGACGUUAUUGAUGUAAAUGAUAAUCCACCUGUUAUUAAUGUGAUGUCAUUCACCAGUCCUAUGUCAGAAGACUCUCCCCCUGGUACAACUAUCGGCAUUAUAAACGUUAAAGAUCUGGACUCCGGAGAUAACGGACACGUUACUUGUAGAAUAGAGCAAAAUGCUCCAUUUAAGAUUAAGUCAAAUUUAAGGAACUACUAUACGUUGGUAACUGAUUCAGUGCUAGAUCGAGAACGUGUUUCAGAGUAUAACAUCACUAUUAUUGCGACAGAUGCAGGAAAUCCUCCUCUGUCAACAAAGAAGACUUUUAACCUCAAAGUCUCUGACGUGAAUGAUAACGCUCCUCUGUUUUCACAAAGCGUUUACAGUGCGUUUAUUGGAGAGAAUAACUCUCCAGGAGUCUCAGUUUUGACCCUAAAAGCUAAAGACCCUGAUGAGAACCAGAAUGCCCGUAUAUCUUAUAUUCUUGAGAACAGUAAUGUGGGAGGAUCUGCCGUUUCUGAAUAUGUCUCUGUAAAUGCUGAAAGUGGAGUAGUUCACGCCGUGCGCUCCUUUGACUAUGAAAACAUGAAACAGCUGGUUUUCAUUAUCAAAGCUCAGGAUGGAGGUUCUCCUCCACUCAGUAGCAACGUGACUGUGAAAAUCCUGAUCCAGGACCAGAACGACAACCCUCCUCAGGUUCUGUACCCAGUCCAGACUGGGGGCUCUAUGGUGGCUGAGAUGGUGCCUCGUUCAGCAGAUGUGGGCUAUCUGGUGACUAAAGUGGUGGCUGUGGAUGUGGACUCUGGACAGAACGCCUGGCUCUCCUAUAAACUGCAGAAAGCCACAGACAGGGCGCUGUUUGAAGUGGGCUUACAGAAUGGAGAAAUCAGAACCAUCCGCCAAGUGACUGAUAAAGACGCAGUCAAGCAGAGGCUGAGUGUUAUAGUGGAGGACAACGGGCAGCCCUCUCGUUCAGCUACAGUCAUUGUUAACGUGGCGGUGGCGGACAGCUUCCCUGAAGUGCUGUCGGAGUUCACGGACUUUACACACGACAAGGAGUACAAUGACAACCUGACUUUUUACUUAGUGCUGGCUCUGGCUGUAGUUUCCUUCCUGUUCAUCACGUGUUUAGUGGUCAUCAUAUCAGUCAAAGUGUACAGGUGGAGACAGUCUCGCAUCCUGUAUCACUCCAACCUGCCUGUGAUUCCAUAUUAUCCACCACGUUACUCAGACACUUUGGGGACAGGGACUCUCCAACACGUGUACAACUACGAGGUGUGCAGGACCACUGACUCCAGAAAGAGUGACUGUAAGUUCGGCAGAGCCGGUAGUCAGAACGUGCUGAUCAUGGAGCCCGGUUCAACAGGGACGAUGCAGAGGAUGCAGAGUGAAAAGAGCAUCCUGGACGAACCAGACUCUCCUCUAGAGGUGAGCCUAUUUAUGUCUUUAUUGGCAGCGAUUGGUCAGCACCAUGGACAGAGGUACAAAUUGUUUUUUUUUUUGUCUUUUUCUUUCAGCUAUGUUUUAGAAAACAACGUCAUGGUUCAAUGGUUCAACCCAUAUUGUUUAUUAUUGUUUGCAAUUGUAUCCAUCUAA